CUCUCAGAGGUUAUUGUUGCACGAAUCACCAUGGAGGAGGACAGGAACAUGCCAAAGAGGCCGUGGGAUACCUGUCGAGAGGUCCCGGUCAUUGAAGAUGAACAGACGCCAUGGAAGAUGAUCAAACUGCUGAAGAUCAUCACUCUAAUUGUGAUUGCUAUAAUUGUGUUUGGAUUGGCGCUAUGUAGCAAGGCUUCUUUCCUCCUCCUCAUCACCUUGGCAAAUGAAGGCACAAAAACCAUCCAAGACGACCACAAACCUGUGGUUCUACUGUGCAUCGGCUGCUCUCUCAUCACGUCGAGCGUCAUUUUGUUUAUGAAAAGCCUCUGGAAAGCAUGCUACAAAACAUCAAAGCUACCGAGGAAAGAAACGUUUGCCCUGGUUAUGUUCAUGGAGUUCAUGGCAUCUGGAGGUGCAGCGAUUCUCACGAUCGUCGCAAUGCCUCAUCUGGACAUUGUCACUAAUGUCACGAUUCUGAACAGCGUCGCCAUCCUCCCUGCGAUCCUACAGGUGGUCACCCAAUGCACCGCCAAGGAAAGGAAUCGCUUCCUGUUGCCAUCCAUCACCGCGUUCAUCCUCAUCCUGCUUGGUUACAUCCUGUUCCUCGUCCUCUACAUAAUGAAGGAUCCCACUGACAUCAACAUGAUCACUUGGGUCGGUCUGGCAGUCGGUGGGUCUUUCCUGGUGUCUUUUAACUGGUGGGAAAACUACCUGAGACCGAUCGGUGAAAACAGCAAGUCUUUAGUCCUCCGGAACCUGUGCAGAGAUAUAAGCAAAUGCAGAAACAUCCUGCAUAUCCUCUCCAGCCUGCUCAGGAUCGCCGUGACUGCCUGCGUGCUCGGAGCCUACGUCCCCCUAAACAAAAUGGAAUGGGACGUGGUCAGAUUCAUCCCCAGGCGUGAGACAACAAUCAUAGGCAUCAUCAUCGGUGUCCAGCUGAUCUCCUCUGCGCUCUGCCACUGGUUUUCACUGCUAUCCUGCAAGAUGCACGCCAUGCGACGGUGCUUCAUCCUGCCUCUGUACCUGGCCUCUCUGGCUGUCAUGGCUCUACUCGUCAUCCCCGUUAUCGUUUACUAUCAGGACUACAAAACCAGUCUGAAUGGAACCAGUAUCAACUUCACAAGCUACUGUGAUGUGGUCGUGGACGCAAGAAACCAAACCCUGAACGGCAGUGUGUUUCCACAUCUGGUGUUGGAUGUAACACACACCCUCUGCUUGGCGGAUAUGUCCAGGCUUUGGGACAUCAGCAUACUGACAGGUUCAGCAGUGUCCUGGUGGCUCGGUCUGUUGUUGGCCACCAUCCAUCUGUGGCACCUGAGCAUCUAUCGUAUCCAGAGGACCCAAGACCUGUUCAUCAGGAGGCUGUAUGAGGGAGCCUUCAUCGAGCAGUCACUUCUGCUCAACACCCGCUUCGACAUCCGGACCAGACGCAAGAGGCAGGAUAAGCAAAUGGAAUCGUCAAUGUUGUAUCUCUGUGCGACCAUGUGGCACGAGACCUACGACGAGAUGACCAACAUCAUAAUCUCAAUAUUCAGACUGGACAAGUACAGACCGAGGACGGAGCAGAAGUUUGAUGAUUUCACUUUCGAAGCUCACAUCUACUUUGACGAUGCGUUCAAACAAGUCGAGGGGAGUCGGGGCCGCCAUCUCAACGACUACGCUAAGAGCCUCGUGGAAGUCCUCGCUGAAGUUUACAGCAUCUUCACAAGUAUCGAUGACAAGUUCUUCAUAAAAAAGCAGCAGAUCCCUGAGCAGAAAGUCAUUCGGACGCCGUACGGAGGUCGUCUCGUGGUCACCAUGCCUAAUGGGAACAACAUCAUAGCUCACUUCAAAGACAAAGAACUCAUCCGCCACAAGAAGAGAUGGUCCCAGAUCAUGUAUCUUUACUAUCUGCUGGGCUGGAAACUCAUGACCAAAUAUUACAAACGCUGGGAGAAAGGCGAGGACGACUCAGUGCUGAAAGCGGAGGUCAAGAGAGAGAAGCAAAACACCUACCUCCUCGCUCUUGAUGGGGACACCGACUUCCAGCCGGCCGCCGUGAUGUACCUCAUCGAUCGUUUGAAAAUGUACCCUCGUGUCGGGGCGGCCUGUGGGAGGAUCCACCCGACUGGAUCAGGUCCCGCUGUGUGGUUCCAGAAGUUUGAGUACGCCGUCAGUCACUGGCUGCAGAAGACAGCGGAGCACGUGAUUGGCUGUGUGUUGUGCAGUCCGGGCUGCUUCAGCCUGUUCAGAGCUGAGGCGCUGAUGGACGACAACGUGAUGAAGCGAUAUGCUACAAAGUCCAUGGAGGCCAGCCACUACAUCCAGUAUGACCAAGGUGAGGAUCGCUGGCUGUGCACGCUGCUGCUGAAGCAAGGAUGGAGGGUGGAGUACAACGCCGCGUCGGACGCUUACACCAACGCCCCCGAGGACUUCAAAGAACUCUACAACCAGCGCCGCCGAUGGGGACCGUCCACUAUGGCCAACGUGGUGGAUCUGCUGGGCUCCAGCACUAUCAUCUCCAAGAGAAAUCCGUCAAUGUCAAAACCUUUCAUGUUCUACCAGCUGUUUAACAUCACAUCAGCCAUCCUGGCUCCCGCCACCAUCUGCCUUUUGAUUGCAGGUAGUUUGUCCUUUGUGUUAAAUAUGGAUGGAAGUUGGGCCCUGAUCCUGGCUGUGAUACCUCCCAUCAUCUACCUGAUUCUUUGCUUCAAACUCAAGUCCGACACUCAGAUCACUAUUGCAGGAAUCAUGAGUAUCAUAUAUGCAUUCCUCAUGUUGGUUGUUACGAUGUCCAUUAUCGGUGCAAUGGUGAGGGACAAAACCAUCCUGACGCCGAGCAGCAUUUUCGUCGUUUCUAUGGGCAUCAUUUACAUCACCACAGCGGUAUUGCAUCCUCAAGAAAUCCAGCUGGUGUUUCACGGCUUCCUCUACAUCGUCUGCAUCCCCAGUGCCUACCUCCUGCUCACCAUCUACUCUAUGGUCAACAUGAAUAACGUGUCCUGGGGCACACGGGAGUCCAAACCUGCCCCCGGUGCUACCCCGGCGGAAGUCGCAAAGCCACAAACAAAAACCCAGAAAGCCAAAAGCUUCUUCCAACGAAUCAUGUCGUGUGGAAAAUGCUGCAAAAAACCCAGCGAGAGCCAUGAAGACCGGCAGCUCAACGCCAACCUCAACCAGGAGAAUCUGAUCCCAGAGCCUCCACUGAAUGAAGCUCCGCCUAUGAACACUUUUGUGGGUGACAUAGGAACCCUAGAGGAGGAACAGAUGCAAAUGGGGGCUGCCUGUCCUCCCCAAUGUUGGGUCUCACAACUACAGAAUGCGUCCAGGGACAUGCCACUGCAGGAAGAUUCACUUGACAAGGACGAGGAGGGGUUCUGGAGGGAGCUUCAGAAGAAGUACCUGGAGCCUCUGGCGGACGACAAAGAGAGACAGAAGCAGAUCAUCAAUGACCUGCGAGAGCUGAGGAACAAGAUCAACUUUGCCUUCUUCAUCCUGAACGCCCUGUGGCUGGUGGCGACGUUUACCCUCCAGAGGUUCGGGGCCUUCAUCUUCAUUGUGCUCCCGAAAGUCGACUUUAACCUUAACAACACCGGAGAAGACGUACAAAUCGAUCCCAUUGGCUUCAUGUUCAUUCUCGGAUUUGCCACGUCGGUUUUGAUCCAGUUCUUCGCCAUGAUGUACCACAGAAUCUACACUCUGGUCCAUUACGUCGCCUUUAUUGACACGGAGCCCAGAGAGCAGAAACCUGAUGAAUAUUACCCGCCAGCCAAAAAGAUCGAAGCUGCCUCCAAAGAGGAAGGCGACCUCGACUCCAUCUCCGACAUCUCCCAGGCGGACUCUGAAUUGUGGUCUGAAGGCGAGGAAUCUGACGACGACGAGGAGUACCCCCCCCCGAGCUACAUCAGGAGUAGGGCCAACGAUGGCACCAUGGUGUGAACGCAUCCUCGGUGCACGACCACACCAGUCUUUAGCACUUUGAAAUAUCCACUACAUGUGAGAUGAAAAAAUGUUUGAAAACGUUAUUUAACUUUGAAUCCAGUGCAAUUUAUUUAUGAGAAGAAUUUAUGGGACACAUAGAGCCUUGAAAUGAACACAUGAUGUACGUCCUGGAGAAGUAAUGCAUGAAAACAGGCAAGAAGUACAUGAUCAGGUUUAAAUUUAAAUGUGUGUGUGUGUGUGUGUGUGUGUGUGUGAGCGAAUUGAAUCGUCAUCAGGUCACUAUGAAGGAUUUAUUCUGUACAUACGAGUUUAAUUCGAUUCUGAUGCUCCUGUGUUUGCUGAGUAUGUAAUGUGAAGAGGAAUAAUGUGAAGCGAAAAAUAACCUCGUCUGUGUGCUAAGACGCAGACACACUCGUCCUUUAAAUGCUGACAGCCGUGAAUGAAACGUGGUCGCGCAGGAUGAGGGGGGGAAAUCAUCACUUGAAGUAUAAUCAGGAGAAAAAGUCCGAUGUUGCACUAAAUGAUCAGGACAGUAAAUGCAGGUUUGUGUCGUCUUAACGUGUGUUUGUAGCAUCUUGACUCAGCACCUUUCGUCCGUGCUUUCCUUGAACUUGACCUUUUCUUGCACGAUAUAUGAAACGAAGUCGAAUGUUUGGUGUGUUCAUCGUUCGUUCACUUCAGAAGUCGUUUUAAUCAUGUUUUAAAAUGAUCUGAGUUUAUCUUUAUUUUUGAAUGAAGGAGAAAAACUAAAUAAUUAGUUUGAAGUGAUGUUUCUAAGCUGUGCACUUUCCCUAUUUAUGUAAUAAAAUGAGUUGUGUGUAUAAGGCUUGUGUGUUAUGUGUUCAGAUGUGUCUUCACCCUUUGUGGUGGAGUUAUUGAUAAAUCAGUAAAUAUGAAUAUUUGAAACGA